AUGCUAUUCUACUGGUGCCUUAUAAAUACUGUGCUCUUAUUUGCAACUACUAAUGGCAAGCCAUGGGAUGCACAAUCUAGUGCGGAUCCAAACUGGUGGAUUGCAUACAAUGCUCAUCGCACUCAAACUCAAGUACAUGCCAAGAAUACUCGUGUAGUCUUCUAUGGCGACUCUUUGACUUUUGCUUGGUACACCACUGGACAAAGUAUCUGGAAUGCUAUGUAUGCUGCGCGAGGCGCCCUCAACUAUGGUAUUGCUGGUGAUUGUACUCAGCAAGUUUUGUGGCGUUUAAGAAACGGCGAAUUAGAUGGUUUACAACAACAACCAAAGUUGUUUGUGCUGAUGAUUGGUACAAAUAAUCUUGCAGGCAGUAGUGUUUGUCAGGCAGCAUCUGCAGAUGAAACGGCUGUUGGGAUCCAAACGAUAGUUCAAGAAGUUCGGAGACGUUUACCACAAACAAAAAUACUUCUGUUAGGUAUUUUACCUCGAGCUCAAGGAUUGUAUGCUGACUCCAUAGCGAGAGUUAACCUUGAUUUAAUGAAUUUGGUCGAUAAUAACUGGAUUCACUAUAUGAAUAUGAUUUCACAAUUUCAAAUUUCGCAUACACAGCAGAAAUUGGAGUUAUAUGAUCCAACGGAUCCCAGUCAUACUCAUCUCAAUUUAGCUGGAUAUCAAGUUUGGUAUCAAACAAUGGAACCAUUGUUUAAUCAGCUAAUUAAUUGA